UCGAAAGAAAGAGGAAUUGAAAGAAACGAGGAGCCGAUAGAAACAAGGAGCCGAAAGAAACAAGGAGCUGAAAGAAACGAGAAGUCAAAAGGAACGAGGAGCCAAAAGAAACAAGGAGCUGAAAGGAACAAGGAGCUGAAAGAAACGAGAGCUGAUAGAAACGAGGAGCUGAUAGAAAUGAGAAGCCAAUAG